AUGGGAAGAAAUUACACAUCUGCGACCAUGUUUGUUCUUCUAGGACUCACAGAUCAAAAAGAUCUGAAGUUAUUUCUCUUUCCAGUCUUCCUAGGAAUCUACCUUGUAACCCUCAUGUGGAAUAUGGGUCUUAUCAUUCUUAUCAGGAUGGACUCUCACCUUCACACACCUAUGUACUUCUUUCUCAGUUUCCUCUCAUCUAUAGACAUCUGGUAUACUACUUCUAUCUGCCCAAGGAUGCUUUCAGAUUUCUUCAGAGAUGAAAAACGGAUUUCCAUAAUUGCCUGUGCUACUCAGUAUGUUAUUUCGUGCUGGAUGGCUAUGUCUGAGUCAUGCCUUUUGGCUGUCAUGGCCUAUGACAGAUAUGUGGCUAUUCGGAGUCCUCUACAGUACUCUACCAUUAUGGUGCCUGCUCUCUGUUGGCAGAUGGUUGGUGGGGCUCUUGGGACUGGUUUCCUUGGUAGCUUAGCCCAAACUGUACCUUGCUUUAAUCUUGACUACUGUGGGUCAAAUAUCAUUCAACAUUUCUUCUGCAAUUUACCUCAGAUUAUUGUCUUGUCUUGCUCCGAUCCUUUCAUCACCCAAACAAUUACGUUUCUAGAAGCUAUUUUUGUUGGGUUUGGUUCUUUACUUCUUAUCCUAUUAUCUUAUGGUUUCAUAGCAUCUUUCAUUCUAAAAAUGUCAUCAAUCAAAGGUAGUUUCAAGGCCUUUAAUACCUGUGCCUCCCACUUGGCAGUUGUGAUACUCUUCUAUGGCACAGCUCUCUCUGUAUAUGUGCACCCUAAUUCUAAAAACUCUAAGAAGCAGGACAAGUUAUUGUCAGUGUUCUAUGUUAUCUUCAUUCCCAUGUUAAAUCCUUUGAUCUAUAGUCUGAGGAACAAAGAGAUCAAAGAUGCCUUCAAGAGGAUAAUGAAGAGAGUAACCCAUAUAGUUUAG